UUUUGAGGUUGUACUUUCCUUGGAUUUUAAUAGCAAACUAUCUUUCAUUGAUGUGGGUAUUUUGGAGGUCUGGAGCUCCCAUUAUGCUUAUAUGUGGAUGUGUAGCCACUAGCCUGUAGUUGAGGUGUCACUUUACAGUCAUAUGAUCAAAGCAGUUAAUUUGGUUAGGAGGUGAUAUUCUGAUCUCCGUUUUCACUGACGUUUGCUCAGACAGUAACCUUGUCCUGCCUGCUACCUGUUCUCUACUAGGCAAGGAGUUUGACAUGACACCAACAGGUUGCAUGACUGACUGGACUUGAUGCAUGGUGGUUGCAUGACUAAUGUCUUUGUGGAUUUAUGAAUAAACAGAUGCAGAUAUGGCUCACACUGUGAUUAAUGGGAGUGUUCCAGAGAAAGGAGAAGAAUCUUUAAAUGGAGAAGAUGGAAAGGAUCCACAAUCUCCAUAUUCUGUGGAGACGCCUUAUGGUUUUCAAAUUGACCUGGAUUUUUUAAAAUAUGUUGAUGAUAUACAAAGAGGAAACACCAUAAAGAAACUGAAUAUCCAAAGAAAGCCCAAAGUGGCUAAAACACCUGCAAACCUUAGAAACAUUGGAGAUCAGGUCAGUGGAUGGACCUCAACAGAGUCCCUGUCCUCCUCCAACAGUGAAGACAGCAAAUUGUCACCAUCUUUAUUUAUUGGAGCAAGAAGCCAACACACUCCUCAAACAAGAGCUGGUGGUAUCGAGGCAACACCGGCAUUUUUAACUGUUCAGGAAAAUAAGCUGUUACCGCCACCCUCCCCAAAACCAACUGCACACAACUUCCAUGUUGAGAAAACUCUGAUGGAGACUCGUCGAAGGUUGGAACAAGAACGAUUGAUCAUGCAGUCAUCCAUCGGAGAUGCCCGCCGACCUAGGUUUGCAAGCUUUGGAGGAAUGGGCUCCACCAGCUCUUUAGCUUCAUUUACGGGACCCAGUGGACCCAAUCAAGUAUCCCCGAAUUCUCAGCAAGUUCACAACGGUUUCCAAGCAAAUGGGGACUACAAUCCUUAUUUUGUUUCAUCGAUGGGCAGUUCUAUCCGUCACAGUCCUUUAAGUUCAGGUAUCACAACACCUGUCACUAACAUCACCCCAAUGCAUCUUCAGCACAUCAGGGAACAAAUGGUGGUUGCGUUGCGACGACUGAAAGAGCUUGAGGAGCAGGUGAAAACAAUUCCGAUUUUACAGGUAAAAAUUUCAGUAUUACAAGAAGAACGCAGGCAAUUGACUGCGCAGCUGAAAAACCAAAAAACUUCAAAUCAGAAUGCUGCAUGUGGGUUCCGAAAGCGAUCCUACAGUGCAGGAAAUGCAGAUCACUUUGAACAAUUACUCCAGACUAAGCAGGGGGGAGAACUCCACAUUGACUUAGAGGAUGAAAUGGAAAGUUUAGAGCAGAGUUCCCUGAGAAUGGAAGAGUUCAGGCAACUGACUGCAGAAAUGCAAGCUCUUGAAAAGAAGAUUCAGGACAGUAGUGAUGAGAAACUAAGCAGCAAUAAAGCAUCCGCAGAACCGUUGGUAAAAAUGAAAGAAUACAGGUCCAUAGCUUCUGGAGCAGAUGUGAAUAUGAAUGAAAUUGUGGUUUACAAUCGGUCUGCAAAACUUUUCAAAGAUGUAGCAGUGGGGCCAACUGUCAAACAUACAGAUGCCUGUGUUGGGGUCACUGAGAUUCUGCUAGGUGUCACGACAGAAGCAGAGAUGGAAAUUGAACUACAACAGCAGACCAUCGAUGCGCUAAAAGAGAAGAUUUAUAGGCUGGAGGUGCAAUUAAAAGAAGCUACGCAUGAAGUGGAGAUGAGUAAACUGAAAUUAGAGCUGCAGGUUGCUGGAUCAAGGAAAAAGACAGAUAAAUAUGUCAUGGUACAACCACUGGUCUCCACUGCAUCAGUACAAGCAGUAGUCCAAACGAGAAACCAAAUGGUUGGUGACCAUGUCAGCAAUUGUGAUGCUUGUGUAGGCACUCGACAGCAAACCCACAGCAUGGGAGUCACUUGUAAACCUGAUCUCCAAGAUGUUGCUGUGGGGCCAGAUAUACCAUUGAACUGUUGGGUUGUACACGAGAAGGUGGAAUUGCAGGAUGUGUGUGUCGGUCAUCACGUUGUAAUGUGUGAUAAAACUGUGGAUUGUGGGAUGGAGAAAAGUUUCUCAGAUGUAGCUACAAACACAGAAGGGUGCAUUCAGGAUCAAGAUCUUAUUGAGAUGAGGGAGAAAGUUCUUCAAACCAAGGAAUUUAAAUCAAUUGGCUGUGGUGAUUGUUCAGUGGAUGUUAUUAUUUGUCAACCAAAAGAACUAAACUCCUCCAGUACGAACACAAUCCACAUUAAUGCAACUGAUAAAGCUGUAUUUGCAAGACCUGAAACUGCAACCCAACACACACACACAGACAUAUAUAGAUUGAAUCAGUUCACAAAUACUGAGCUAGUAACAUUUACAGACUCUACGACUAAUACACUUGUGAGCAAUUAUAAUAAAGAAACCAACACUACAGCCAUUGAAACAAGAACUGUAGCUGUGGGAGAUGGUAGGGUGAAAGACGUUAAUGGAACUCUUAAGACGCGCUCCAUUGGUGUAGGUACAACAGCCACUUAUGAUAUUGAUUUGGAGAAGUCAUCUGUUAAGACAAAAGAUUUUGGAGUUGGCCAAUUAAACAUAAAUGAGAACUAUCUUGUUGGUUUGAAGACCAGAAAUAUUGGUUGUGGUACAAUUAAUCAUCAACUUGUGACACCAAACACAAAAAGUAUCGGUGUUGGAAGUGAGGCCGUGUUUGCGACAAAAACCCAAGAGGCUGAUCCAGAGACCGAUUCCACAUUAAACCACUAUGUUGAGCGUGUGCAAAGGUUGUUACAGGAGCAGCAGAUGUUACUGGCUGAAAAUUACACCGAGCUAGCUGAUGCAUUUGGGCAGCCCCACUCACAGAUUGGAUCUCUCAACUCCCAGCUUAUCAACACGUUGACCUCAAUAAACUCUGUCAUGAAACAUGGGAACACUGAGGAAAUAAAGAACAGUGACAUCGUCAAUCCUUGUGCGGACACUGUGAUGACAGGUGAGCACAGUCCAUGUAUCCAAACUGCCAGUACUGUGCUGCCAUCAACAAAUUUGUCAACUUUGAAGAUCACUGACUCCUGUGCGACCUUACUACAACAGGAAGAAACAACUGUUUUAACCAACCAACAAGCAGCCUCUGCACAUGGUGUGCCUUCGAGCAAUACAAGUACACUCAAGUCCAUAAUGAAAAAGAAAGAUAGCCCAAGAAAGCAUGAAACAAAUGGCACAAGGAAAAACCUUCAGUUUGUUGGUGUAAACGGAGGGUAUGAGACCACGUCCAGUGACGAUUCUAGUUCGGAUGAAAGCUCAACUUCUGAAUCAGAUGAUGAAUUUGAGGAUCAAGUGUAUUCUAAGGACGAAGUUGAGAUUAAUCAUGAAAAGCUGCCAGAGGGCCCUGAUCUGUGUCAGACUGAAACCGCAAACAUAUCGAAUGAGAAAGAGAUUGCAGUGUCGGGAGGAAGUGAAAAAGAAGCUGACAAAGUGGAAAUAAGGGACAAGUAUGAGUUAAGUGAGAAGGUGUUGUCGGCUUGCAAUAUCCUGAAAAAGCAGCUCAAUGAUCCAAAAGCAAUGGCAAGCAAAGAAGUGAGACUUUGCCUGAACAAUAUUCAGCAUGAAUGGUUCCGUGUAUCUAGUCAGAAGUUGGCAGUUCCCACCAUGGUUGAAGAUUACUUGGCUGGAUUCAGGGAGAUUUCAGCAGAAGUCCUGAAAUAUGUGGUCAACAUGGCAGAUGGAAAUGGAAACACAGCCCUUCACUACAGUGUGUCUCACUCAAAUUUUGAAAUUGUCAAGUUGCUUCUGGAUGCAAACAUCUGCAAUGUUAAUCAGCAGAACAAAGCUGGCUAUACUCCCAUUAUGCUCGCUGCUCUCGCUGCAGUGGAAAAUGAAAAAGACAUGAAAAUUGUGGAUGAAUUGUUUAGUCAGGGAGAUGUAAAUGCCAAAGCCAGUCAGGCUGGUCAGACAGCGCUGAUGCUUGCAGUGAGUCACGGGCGGAUGGACAUGGUGAAAGCCCUUCUCCUCUGUGGAGCUGAUGUCAAUAUUCAGGAUGAUGAGGGCUCCACAGCACUGAUGUGUGCGAGUGAGCACGGCCACGUGGAGAUAGUUAAACUGCUGCUGGCCCAACCUGGAUGUGAUUCUACUUUAGCUGACAGUGAUGGGAGUACAGCUUUGUCUAUUGCUCUAGAAGCUGGUCAUAAAGAUAUUGGAGUCUUGCUGUAUGCUCACGUCAACUUUUCUAAAGCUCAGUCACCGGGUACACCCAGGCUCGGAAGGAAAACCUCUCCAAGUCCAACAAGACGAAGCAAAUUUGAUUGAUCCUACCUGCCAUUGACUCAGUCCUUUCUAUUAAGCUGCUAUGUAACCUUGUUAAUAUUGACAGACACUGAAUGUAAAUGUGUGCCUGAGCUCACCAGCAUAACAUUUUUUUAGCAAUAGUACAAAAGAGGUAGCUCUGCCAAUCUACUGACCAGCAACUAAACUGGAAAGUGUUGUGGAGGCUGGCAUUAUAAAGUCUUCAUUAUACACUCAGCUUGACUAUCGCCUCAUCCUAUGCUGCUGUUACAAGCCUUUUUUUGUCUCUGUUUUAAAUAUUGUCUUAUCCCCCUGCGUUAGACUACAGUGAACACUGCAAGGAAUUAUUUAGCUUUCUCCUUUUCAUGCAUCCUAUAUUUUGUCUGUAAAAGCGUUAAUUAAAACAAUUGUCAUGAUAUUAAUGGCAUUAUUUUAAAUCUCUACAUUGUAUUUAUAAUAUUUGAAAUUAUACAAUUGAGUUGGUAACGUGAAAACUUAAGUGUUGUGAGGGAUGGCCCUUGUUCAGCUCUCCCUUAAUUGCAGAAAGAUAUGGAUUUUUUUUAUAUAUCAAACAAAAUCAUUUGUACCUGUUCAAAAUUGAGUCGUACAGUAUUUUCAAACGAUUUUAUACAUACCCAAAUAAAGAUGAAUUUACAUGAAGAAUAGCAUAAGUUACUAUUGAACAUAGCUUUUUAAUUCUUUUUAGAAAUUGUUUACAUCAUUGUAUCUAAUUUGGUUUUAGUGACAUUUGAGGUAUUAUUUGUAUAUCAAUCUGUCUUUCAAUUAAAGCCUGUACAUGGUUUUCUGUGCAUAUUUAUAAAGACUGCAAUCUUGUCACCUUUAAAUUUGUCACGUGUGUAUUUAAAAGUUUGAAGUGCCUUAGAUCC